GCGGUGGUCUCAUCCAGCCCGGGACAAGAUUUCUCGCACCGUCGGGGACGACACCACGGACGCGUUCGGGCUCUCAACGAUCGAGGAGAAGCAUGGACCAGUACGAGCAUGUACGAGUGAUCGGCAAAGGCUCGUUUGGGAUCGUGAGCAAGAUCGUGAGGAAAGCAGACAACAAGGAACUCGUGUGGAAAGAAGUCGACUAUGGGCACAUGGACGAAAAGCAGAAGCAGCUCAUCGUGAGCGAAGUCAACAUCCUGCGGGAACUGAAACACCCACACGUUGUGCGGUAUCUCGACCGGGUCAUCGACAAGCAGUCGACGAAAAUUUUCAUCGUCAUGGAGUACUGCGAAGGAGGCGACCUUAGUCGUCUCAUCAAGCGCCACCGAAGAGACGGAACGUUCGUCGACGAAGCGUUCAUUUGGAAAGUCCUCACACACAUGUACCUUGCGCUGAAAGAGUGCCAUCGACACAAAGAAAGCAACUUGGUGAAACCAAUUCUGCACCGCGACAUCAAACCGGGCAACGUUUUCCUCGACGCCGAGGGCAACGCCAAGCUAGGCGAUUUUGGCCUCGCCAAGGAACUUAGCAGCGAGUCCAAGUUUGCACACACUAACGUUGGCACUCCGUACUACAUGAGCCCUGAAAUGGUGAACGACAUGACUUACGACGAACGGUCCGACAUUUGGGCGCUGGGGUGCUUGAUUUACGAACUGGCUGCGCUCGUCCCUCCAUUUGACGCGACAAAUCAACUGGCGCUGGCCAAAAAGAUCAACGCGGGCAAGUUUUCAAGAAUUCCCGACAUGUAUUCCGAAGACUUGUUCCAAGCGAUUCGAUGGAUGCUGCAUCGCCAAAGAUCCAGACGGCCACGGAUUGAAGACUUGGAGCGCGUGCCGCUCCUCGCCCGGCGGCUUCGAGAGUACAACAUGUCGUCGGUUGAAGUCCAAUUGCAAAACACAUAUGCUGCCAAGAUGAAAGAGCUGUUUUCGAUUCAAGAGGAUUUGCAAAAACAAGAAGCGUUGCUGCUGGUGCGCGAGACACAAAUCCACGAGCGCGAGACAGAACUAGCCAAGCGCGAGCUCGACCUGAAGCGACGAGAACAAAUGGUCGAGAUGCUGUCCCGCACGCUGUCGACGUUCUCGCCAAACAACUCGAGUCCGUGCGACAGUCCGACCCAGCAGCACAGCCCCAGCUGCACGGCCUGCAGUAGCCGAACGAGUUCUCCAAACCGCGACAACAGUCGCAUCCAAGCAAACAACAACGACAACGUGCGAACGGUGUCCGAGGUCGACUCGACACGCGCCACCGUCAAGACGUCCUCGUCGCAACGAAGUCGCCACUUUAAUUUCACCGACACCCCUGUCAAUACAACGCCGCCAAAACCGGCCUCCAACUCCGUGCCACCGUCAAGGUAUUACGCUGAGAUGGGAGCCAUGAGGCCGCCCAUCGCAGUCGAUCGAGUGGAGCGCAUGUACCAAGCAUGACGUCCCAUGCAAUAGAUAGCCCCUUUUCUUAGUCCAAUUUACCCCCACGACAGAGUCACCCGUUUGGUCACUUCACGGCAACCGCGGCUGGACCAGAGUUGUUGACACGGAUCUGCAGCAUGGACUCGACUUUACCCCGACAGAUGGGACACGUACUGCCAGGUCGCUUGAGCGCUUCCGAACACUCCAAGCAAAUGCACAUGUGUCUGGCCAUGAGCGGAUGAGAUAUUGUAAAUGCUAUCGAGAAUGUGUACCGGCAGGGUAGGAUGGUGGUGUUGCGAGGCUCGCACAUGCAAAUGAUGCACUCGGCGCCGUCGAUGACGUCGGUUUCUACAGCUGAAGUCGACAAGGCAGGCGCGGUGGCAUUGCCCAUGGUGUCGUUUGUUGUGGUCGUACAACAUGCCGCGCCUUCCAUGCCGUAUAUUUCCUGUAGCUCGUAAGUCUGGCCCAGGACUUCCACUUUCUGCUUGAUCACUUGCACCUUUCGCAAGGGAGGGCUCGAACCCGUGGCAGGUGGGAACAUGAUAAAUGUUGCUUGCUUUUGCGUCCUUGACGCGACUGAGGCAUCCGCAACCACCGUGAUCUCCACGACGAGGGGGAACGUGCUGCUCUUCCCGUCGUAGAUAAGCUGGGACGGUGUCCAGUCGGCCAACGACAGUGGCACGGACGCAAAGGAUUGCCCCAAUCCAGCCGGAAACACUUGUCCACCCCAGUCUUUCAUCGAACCGUUCGCAGGUUUCUGGCUCGUGACCGUGGAAUUGCCUUCGUCGUCGAUCGUUUCAAUUGCGUCCAAGAACAGCGUCACUGUGCACGGCUUGCCUGCGUCAAAGACAAACUCGAGUCGCGCCGUUGCCGAGUCGAGUGCCACGAGCUUCAGCGAUUGUUUCUUCAGAUUGACCUCAUUGCGCACAGUGGUUGUUUCUUGCAUCUCGGGGGCAGCUUGGAGCACGCUGUUGAUAUGGUCUUGGAUGAAUCCCAUGUCGGCGCGACCGCGAUUCAUGUACAGCGCCUGCAUUUGCGCAUGUGUGUACUGGUUUGGAGCAACAUUGGAACCCGUAGCUGGAUCUCCGUACAGAAGUGGCGGUUGAUUGCCUCCCAUCGACCUCCUUGCCACUGCACCGUUGCCGCCCGCGACGACUCCUCCCAUGUUUCCCAUCGAUAUGGCCGUUUUCUCGCUCAAGAC